GCAUCUAGAUUCUAGAUUUAGAUUUAUAUCAAUUUUAAACGCAACCAGAAGCUAUGAAUAAAGUUCUAGGUUUAAGAUGCAAUGCGAUUUUUUUUCUAUAUUGAUAAAACCUAAUAAAUUCUGAAUCUAAAUCUAGAAUCUAGAAAAUCUACAUCCCCGAAUUCCUAAACAUUUGUCAGGGUCAAUACUUCAACUCCGUCCUGACCUUAACUGCCUUUAACUUACAACUCUAGUGGAGUCCCUUUACUUUAAGGAUUUUCCUCUAGAUUAAAUCUGCAUCGUUAGGCCUAAUGCAGAAUUAUAGUUAGGCCUAGUCGACUAAAUGUGCUGGCUAAAUGGGACAUUACAUAUUUUUAAGCUGGUUGAGCAGUUACGACGACUGAUUAUUGAAUACAAAAAUUGUCAAAUAAAAUUAAGUCAAGUUGAUGAUCGGCUACAUGCUUGGAAAUGGUGUCGGUGAAAUGGUUCGGUUGAUGUGAAGUACAGUGACGAGUGAUGAAUCUGUCAUGACAUGAUCAGAUAGAAAUCUAGAAAAAUGAAAAUAUUGGAUCCAGCAAAAACAAGAACAUCUAUGUAAAACCUCACAUAACUUCAACACUUUGGACUUGAUUUAAGGUGCAGGAGCUGAAAAUGGCAAGACUAAAGCAUUUAAAGUUGUUCUGGACGAAGCACAAGUUGACAGCUAGGCUGAAAGUGUUUGUUGUCAUAGCUGCCGUAGUGAUGCUGGUUACCCCACUUCGCAAUGCCUUAAUACCUGGGUGGCCUAAGACCUUAAAGCAGCUCAACACGAUCAAGGUUAUUUAUAUCCACCUCUCAGAUCUGUUCUACUAUGUUGAUCGUUCACCUUACACCGGGUCUUGUGAGGCCGUUCACAGGAAACUUUCCAGCAUCAAAAUGCCAAAACUGGAAGAAAUGCCAGUGUAUGACCUGCAGGACUGGUACCAGCUGUCCAGUAAACUCAAAUCUUCUCUAAAUGAGGAGCAGCUGGCCAUUCUUGACAACUACAAGCCAUCCCUCACACCAAAGGAGCAGCGCUUCCUGUUGUACACAGCGCUCUCUGUAACCCAAGCUUUAGCUGCUUUCAACAUUACUUACUUUAUAUCUGAGGGAUCUCUGAUUGGCUACUGGCGUCACCAUGGGAUGAUACCUUGGGAUGAUGAUGUGGAUAUUUUAUUUGAUGGUCGACAAUGGCCGCUGGCUCGGCAGGUUUUGUCCUGCCUGCCUGAUAUACAGAUGAACAUGGGCUCGGAUUAUAUGUGGAAACUGUAUCAUAAAGAUUCUGCAUUAUGGCUCGGGGAGUCGGAGAUCAAGUUUCCUUUUGUUGAUGUAUUCUUAUUCAAUCAAGAUUCCAAUCACGUUUGGCCUGUGUGUAUUUGGAUGAAAACAGAGGUGAUACUACCCAAAGAUUGGGCUCUUCCUGUCAGUAAGGGUGUAUUUGAGGGGUACCCAGUUUCCAUCCCCCGGAAUCCCACAGCCGUACUUGAUUUCCAUUUUGGUCGGGUGACCUCAGAUUGCUACUCACGUACGUUUUUGCGUAGAGAGCGACAGUUGGUUCCUUUAAAUGAUAGGACCCACAUAUCCUGUUCAGUUCUGAAAGGCAUUUACCCAUUUGUGGACCGCAAAAAGGUGGACCGCACUAAAGGUACAGUUCUUGAAGAAAGGGUUGUAGCCUCGAGGGUGAUUUCAACUUUCAAUACCACAUAUCACGGAGAUUUGGAAUGAUUUACAAACAAAAGGGAAACCAAGGUCCAGUAUCAAAGUAGCAAUGCAAAAGAAAGUAAAAGGGUGAUAACUAUCUUUUUUACGCACACCUUUGUUAUAAUUUUUAACACUUGUUCGUAUUUAUUACCUCCAACCCCUUUUUCCUAAUUUAAGAGAGGAAUUUGUAUAUUUUGUAUUAAAUUCAAUACAUUUAAAAUAUUUUGGCAAACAUGAUUAUGUGUGUUAAUAUACAAUUGUUUGAUUUAUCACUAAUGUUUUUCAAAAAAAUGUUUUUGUUUGCUCAAUUACUUUGUACUUUUAUUUAUUGUUUUUACUAUAUAGUGAUUCUUUUUUUGACAAUUUGUUUUAAGAAACAUUUUACUUUGUCUGCUGGAAAUUCAGUUAAAAUAAUUUCCAUACUACAUGUAGACACUAAAUUCUUAUUAAUGUUAGUUUAAAAUUUUGUUCAAUGUUGUUUUAUAUUUUUUCAUUACUUUUACCUUUUCUGAUGCUGUAAAUUUAGUUCUUGAUUUUUAAUGUUCAUUGCAACAAAAAGUAUAUAUCAUAUAGAAGACAAAUGCAUUAUGUCCACAUUUUUGGCAAUCCAGUGAAUUUAUUUUAAUAGUUGCCAUAGCACAAGCUAAUGAAUUGAAAGAUUGUUUAAAAACUAUUCUAAUAUUAGGUUGUCCUUUAACCUACUUUUUAACACUGUUACAAUAAGGCCAAGCCUUGUUUUCACUACUUAACAAAGUUUUGUGUUAAUUUCAAAAUUAUAUUAUUUAAUUAAUUAUUUUGAUUUUAUGAUUAGUACAGCAUAACUAAUCUGCUUAUAACAAUGGAUGCUUAGUGUUUACCAUGAAUUUUACACCUGCUGUUAUUUUUGUUUAAUAUACUUAGAACGUGGGAGAAAAUAAUGUCCUAUUAUUUUUAGUGUUUGACGUCUUCUGAAACAAUAUCCUAGGUGUCACUCUACCAGUAAUUUAAUGAAGUAUAUUCACAUGAUACCAUGCACUUUAAAACUUGCGGCUGAAAUUUUAAUAUUUGAUCUUGCUGCUUACUGCAUUGGAUGUACAGAAUUUGUCAGCUAUAGCUAUAGUUGAUUCAGUGGCGUAGGCAG